AUGGUCGCAUCCCCGGCGGUGCCAGAAAUCUACGAGGACGAGCUGCACUCGGCCAUCGAGGCGCGCUCCGAGUCGCUCCAGACGCUGCGCGAGCUCGGCCCGCCCGACCUGGUCCAUCUGAUCAAGCAGCCCGUCAAGUCGCCCACGAAGCAGCUCGGCGUCUACCAUCACGUGAGCGGCAUCGACGCCUCGUCGUCGGCCAGCCUGGCCGCCUACAUCAACACGCUCACCUACUCGCCGCACGACAAGCAGACCAAGGUGGUGUCGGGCCUGUACUGCUGCUACAAUGCCUUCUCCCGCCUCGACAUGCGCGUGCAGGUCUACAUCCCCGGCACCGUCGAGAGCUACUGCAUCGACGAGCGCGGCGACAAGCGCGUCGCCACCGACGAGCUGUGGCUCGAGACGUACCUGUGCAGCGUCCUGCGCGCAUACUCGUACGCCGACGACGGCUCGGGCGACACCAUCAAGAAGAUCAUUGGCGUGCGCCGCUUCAACCCGGUCACGAGCACCGAGAGCGAGCACAAGUUUCUCGACGCAGCAGAGCGGCUGUUCUUUAGCGGCUGGCAACUGGGCUCUGACCCGGAGAUCCAGGUCCCCAACCUCGUCUCGAACCACCUGACGACUGGUCUCCUCAGCUACAUCCACACCACGGGCCGAUAUGCGUCUGGCAUCAACCUCUUCGAGAAGCUGCGCACCCGCGACCCCGAGAUCUCGUCCCUCCUGGCCCGCGUGUACAUACAGGCCGACGAGGAGGUCAAGGCAGUGCAGCUGCUGCACGACGUGAUCCAGGAGCUGCCCAUGGACUACUCGCUGCUCGACUGCCAGGCCGACUUUUGCAACACCAAGGGGCGGGGCGACCUUGCGCUGGAGAUUGCAAAGCGGAGCGUCGUGUCUGCACCCAGCGAGUUUGGCACGUGGGCCCGGCUGUCAGACAUCUACGUCAGCCUGGAGCAAUGGGACCUGGCUCUGCUUACGCUCAACUCGUGUCCCAUGUUCACGUACCAGGACAAGGAUGCACCGCGCAUGCCGGAGCCCCAAAAGGUCUUCCUGCCCAUCAUGCCGGAAGCCCUGUGCGACGAGAUCGAGGACAGCAACCUCGACGACAUGGACAUGGUCCACCCUACGUUGCGCAAGCUCCACGCAGCCGGUUUCAAAGGCACGUUCCUAAAGGCAUACAUGAUCCUGACAGAGGUCACCAAGAAGAUUGGCUGGGAUCAGCUGUUGAAGAUACGCUCCCAGGUCUUCGUCAUGGAAGAGGAGUACCGCCACGAGAAGCAAAACGUCCCACACUCACACUCGCGCAGCGCCAGCACCACCGCACUUCGCUCGCCUUCGCCAUCCGUGCACGCAUCGCCGCCCGUGCACGCAUCGCCGCCCGUGCACGCAUCGCCAUCCCUACACGCAUCGCCAAACCCCGAGGUCAACGGCCAUGGCGGCAGCGACGCGACCGAGGCAAACGGGGAGCCAUCUGCAGAGGCAGCCGUCGAGGACUCACUGCAGGAGCCCGGCCACACCGUCGCCGCCGAAGUCGUAAAGGCCGGCAGCGAAGACCCCCAUGCCACCGAGACCAACGGCAGCCCGUCGCAGCCCAACUACACGCAGUUCCAGAACAAGCGUCUGUGCGAGCGCUGGCUCGACAACCUGUUCAUGGUGCUCUACGAAGACCUGCGCGUCUACACCAUCUGGCGCACCGAAAUGGCGCAGUACAGGCAACAGCAGCUGCUGUACAAGAAGAGCGCAGAGGAGUGGGAGAUUCUCGGCGAGCUGGCCGAGCGCCUGCACCACACCGACGAGGCCGUCGAGGCGUACGAGAACUGUCUGCAGAUCAAGUUCUCGCCCAAGGCGAUGAAGGGCGUGCUGAAGCUCGGCCACGACAAGAGGAACACGCGCGACGUCACCGCCGCGCUCAUCAGACUCGUCACCUGGCAGUACCGCUGGUACUCGGAGUUCUCCCCCGCCCUCCUCUACACGAUCCGCAAACUCAUCGAGGAAGAAGGCGCCGUCAAAAUACGCAGCAUCAUCCAGGGCACCAGCUUGCCCCAGCACGUCCUCGACCUCACACACCAGUACGCUGCGCUGUGCGCGGCCUUUAGAAGCAGCGGCAGCGACGGCUAG